GAACAUGGCCGAACAAGUGACAAAGGUACGCUUAGAGCACAAAUUCGAUGAGACUGCACUUCACGAAUAUCUGGAGCGUAACUUUCUGGCCUUUCCUAAAAGUAACGGGCAUUUAAAGGUUCUGCAAUACAGCUCUGGGCAGUCCAAUCCGACAUUUUACUUGUCAAAAGAUGGAAAAGAAUUUGUUCUCAGGAAAAAACCUCCUGGUAAGCUUCUCAAAGGAGCACAUCAGGUUGACAGAGAAUUUAGAGUACUAUCAGCGUUAAAAUCUGCCUCCUUCCCAGUGCCAAAUCCUUACCUCUAUUGUGGAGAUAUUUCAGUCAUUGGAACUGAGUUCUACAUCAUGGAACAUGUACAGGGUAUCAUAUUUUGUAAACCCACAUUGCCAAAUCAUUCAGAAGAUGAUCGAAAAGCUAUCUACAAUGGCAUGAUCAGUACUUUGGCAAGGCUACACAACAUCAAUUGGAAGGGUUUGGAACUCUCUGAUUUUGGCCAUCAGUCCAACUUCUUAGGGAGACAGAUAUCAACCUGGAGGAGACAGUACAGAGCAUCAGAAACAUGUCACAUUGAUUCUGUGGAAAGUCUGCUAUCCUGGCUUGAGAAGAAUAUUCCUGUUUGGAGGCAGAACAUAGUUCUAGUUCAUGGAGAUUUCAGACUGGACAAUUUGAUCUUUGAUCCUAGGAAGUUAUGUGUGAAUGCCGUGUUAGACUGGGAGCUCUCUACUCUGGGUGAUCCUCUACUUGAUCUAGCCUAUUGCUGCUUGCCCUACCAUUGGCCAAAGGAACUUGGACACAUGUCCUCAUUUUCAUUAGGCACAGGGUCCUUGGCUCCAGGAAUUCCAACAGAGAAGGAUCUUAUUUCUUUGUACUGUAAAUUUAGAGGACUUGGAGAUAUUCACCAUGAACAUUGGAACUUUUACAUUGCAUUAUCAUUUUUUAGAAUGGCAGCCAUAGCCCAGGGAAUCUAUGCAAGGGCCAUCCAUGGAAAUGCAAGUGCUGAAGAUGCUUCUUUAUUUGGAAAUCUUGUUGAACCCCUGGCAUGUGCAGGACUAAAGGUGGCCCUUCAGGCCCAAGCAAGCCAUGUAAGUAAAUUGAACAUGCCUAUGGAGAAUGUGUCCUCCAUCUUCCAGCCAUCCCUGAAGGCUCAAAGACUCUAUCAAAAAAUGAUUGCUUUUAUGGAAAAGUAUGUGUACCCAGCCGAAGAAUCUUACUAUCAGCAUGUGAGUAAUCCAGCGACCCAGUGGAGUGUCCCUCCAUUUAUGGAAGAUUUGAAGGAAAAAGCUCAAGGGGAAGGUUUGUGGAACCUCUUUCUAUCAAGUGUGUCAGGUUUAAGUCAACUUGAGUAUGCCAUGCUAGCUGAGGUUACAGGAAGAUGUCCUUUUGCUGCAGAAGUCUUCAACUGUAGUGCACCAGACACUGGCAACAUGGAGGUCCUUCAUUUAUAUGGUACAACUGAGCAAAAGAAGGCCUGGCUUGAACCUCUUCUGAAAGGGACUGUGAGGUCAGCAUUUUGUAUGACAGAACCAAGUGUGGCUUCGUCUGAUGCAACAAACAUGGAGUGCACGAUUACCAGACUUAGAAGUGAAAUUGUUAUCAAUGGAACAAAGUGGUGGAGUAGUGGGGCAGGGGACCCACGUUGCAAGAUAGCCAUUGUAAUGGGAACUAGUAAAGCUCCUGGUCUAUCAAAACAUAAGCGUCACACCAUGGUGUUGGUUCCAUUAGAUACUCCAGGUGUAACCAAAGUCAGGUCUCUUACAGUCUUUGGUUACAAUGAUGCUCCACAUGGCCACUAUGAGAUUGAGUUCAAAGAUGUUCAUGUACCAGUGUCCAAUAUUAUAUUGGGUGAAGGAAGGGGAUUUGAAAUAGCUCAAGGUCGUUUGGGUCCAGGCCGUAUUCAUCACUGUAUGCGCUUGAUUGGUUUGGCAGAGCGAUCUCUUGACCUUAUGGUCCAUCGUUCUUUGGAAAGAGUGGCAUUUGGAAAACGUUUGUCAGAAAAGGGGAUGGUUCAAGAGCAGAUUGCUCUUUCUAGGAUCGAAAUUGAGCAGGCGAGAUUGCUAGUCUUGAAUGCUGCUUAUAACAUUGACAAGCUUGGAAACAAGGCUGCUAAGAAUCAGAUUGCCAUGGCAAAGAUUGUUGUUCCUCGAAUGGCUUGUAAUGUUAUCGACAGAGCUAUUCAGAUACAUGGAGGAAAAGGCGUUUGUCAGGAUACUCCACUUGCUGGUUUCUAUUCUCAAGCACGGAGUUUGCGGAUAGCCGAUGGCCCAGAUGAAGUUCACUUGGAGGCCGUUGCUAAGUCAGAGCUUAAGAGAGCACUGACAGCAAAAAUAUAAAAUGGUAUAGAUCAGUACUACUUUCUUCAGCUGCUGACCAAUUAUGGACUGGUUAUAGAGUAUGGCGGGGGGGGAGGGAGUUGGGUGCAUGAUUAAAUGUAGCCUACCCUUGCAUCCUAUAAAUCCUAUUACCUACUCCCCCUCCUGAUAAAGCUGUAUGGUGAAGUGUAUGGCUUUUACUUACCUGUCUCCCCCUCUGACAAAACUUGUGCUGCAUACAGCAUUAGGUUUGUUUUAGUUAUUUCAUGAAUAGGAAGUUGAAACAAGGCUUUAUUUUCCAUUUCAAACUGGUGAUAUUCUACUCCUCUCACUAAGUCUAAUCCUCAAUUUGUCAACAGUGGUUGUUAAUCCAAUACCACUCAAAUGUCAUGUGCCAUCUUGACACAAUGCUCAUAAAACAUUGACUAAUUGUUGAUAUAUCAAAACAUUUCAUGCAACAUGGGCACUAGUUUGGGUGGCCUGUGAUUACAACAAGCUGCGUUUUCAUUAUUUUGACUGGUUAGUGUUUCUGUAGCUUUUGAAACAGUGUCUUGCUGUUCCAAAUGUUAGAAUAUACUUAAUUUUAUUUAAAGUUACUUUCGCACAGAAUUAGGGGCAUUGCUACCAGCAUAUUGAGCUUCACUACUCUGGGAAACUGAACCCACAAAAAACCCAUCUUCAAAGUUUCAGUUCAACUCUUGAAAAUGUUACUGUCAAUAAAACACUUCUUACACAUGAUCAGAAUAAAGUCUGUUUAACACAUGACCAAUCCCUGACACAGUGAAAGAGCUGCAGCUUUUAUAAGAAGCAUAUAUAAAGGCAAGAAAUGAGUAAAACAUGUUGUUGCAUUUAAUAAUCAUGAUUUAAUUUUCUACUUCCUUUAAGCUACCGCUUGGUGAAGUAAGUGUUUGUAGAUGGAUCAUACUGAUUUGAAACUCUCUAUAAGCAACAUUACUAAAUGCUUGAACUUCUACACAGUCAACCAAUUUAGAGACCUCAAAUUUUACAGAUUCUUUUCUUUUGUUUCUUUGAUAAGAAACUAUGUACAUGAUAACAAAAAAUGCAAAGGUCAUGCAGAUGUCUUGCAGACGUGACCUGAAGAGGAGAUAUUAAGGCAGUGUUUCUGUCAGUCAGCUUUUCAGAUGAUGGUUUUUAGAGGAUUAACUGACAUACUUACUGAACUUGAAUACUGAUUUUUAAGUGUAAAAGUUCAGGUCAAUGGUAAAGAAGGUUGCUAUUUAGAUUUUAGGAAGUGUUUUUUAUUUGCUUAGAUAAAUGAUGAGAUAAAAGUGGGUUAUAAUCAACCUUUCUUAAGCUAUUUGUUUUAAGGGUGGUUACAAGGGUAGUUUUAGAGCACUACUUCAGUAAGUGUCCCGAGGGAAAAAUAAAAAGAGGCUGUACUUUGAGUUUGUCUAAAAAAUUAUUAUGAUUAUGCAAAUGAUAAGAGUUUCUCCUUGCCUUGAACGUUCUUUAAACAUCAAAGUAAAUGUACAACCUUCAAUUGUAAAAUAAGAAAUUAUACUAUA